AUGCAUAAUACAAACAUUGAAUAAAUUUAGCAACAUUCAGAACUAAAAUAACAUGGAGAUGUAAUUUAAUUGGUAGAUAACAAUAAUCAACACAACUUCGAAAAAAAUUGGAUCAAUCCGAAUAAUAAAGUUUACGAAAAAUGGAUUUUCCUGCUCUUAUUCAUUAAUUUAAUCUGGGUCUAAUUCACAACACCUCUUAGAAUGUCUUUUGAGGAUAAAAGAUCAGUCUUUGGUCCAAUUGCCUAUGGCGAUAUGAUAGUAGAUGUCAUCUACCUCAUUGAGAGUAUUCUAACAUUUUUCAUUCCUGACACGAGUGUUGAAGGUGAAUUUAUCUUUAACAGGAAAAUUGUAGCAAAGAGAUAUAUGAUGACUUGGUUUUUAUUAGAUAACCUAGCCAAUUUUCCUUAUAGUCUUUUCAAAUACUACAAACGCCACUAGUUUGAUAACGAUUUAUAGAAUUUCAUAUAUUUCAAUUUUGCCUAUACCCCCAGACUAUUUAUCAUCUUUUUGUGCUUGAAGCUUGUUCGAAUUAGGAAAGCUAAGAAAUAGUUAUUGAAGUUUCUUAAAUGGUUAGGUUUAGGCGUUGAUAAGAGAAAUUUAAUUAUGACAUUAUGGACAUUGAUUUUAUUGUUACAUUUAGCUGGAUGCUUUUGGGGUGCUGUAGGUUUGUUUAAUCUCGAUUCUAAUUAGAAUUGGAUAUAUGCUGAAGAAAUUCAAGAUGACACUCCUUUCGUUUAGUAUUUUACAGCUCUAUAUUUUGCUACUACUGCAAUUAUGACUGUAGGAUAUGGUGAUAUUUUGCCAGUCAAUUACUGGGAAAAACUCUUUGCUUGCAUAAUUUUUAUACUCGGUGUUGCUAUCUUUUCAUUUACAUUAAGUACAUUAUCUUCUUAAUUCAGUGAUUUGACAAAGAGUGUCUCAAAGAGAUAGUCUAGGGACAAUUAGAUUAAUGAGCUAAGAAAUAGAUUUGGCCUUAGUGUAGAAAUCACCAAGAAAAUUGCCUACUAUUUUUCACAUAACUAUUUAGACUUAUUAAUCCCAGUGAAAUUUGAGAAGGACACAAUUAUUCUAAGAGAAAAAAGAAAGCCAGAAGAAGUCUUAUUCAUUUUAUAGGGCUCAAUGCUAGGAGAAACUGAUAUUUACUUUAAAAGAGUAAUUUAUUCAUACUUAAAAAUAUAGGAAAGGGUUGAGACCUUCUAAGCUUUAAAUAAUGUGUACAUAUUGAUGUAUGAUAUAGAGACAUUUAUGAAGAUGAAAAUCUUGGCUGAGCUUCAAAUUUUACUUGCCAAGGAAUUCAAUUAAAUGCUAGAGUAACAAAACAACUAAGCCUUAAUGAAAAAAUAAAUUACAAACAAGGAGGGAGAAGCUUAUUAAACUCCAGAUGAGGUAUUAGCUUCAAAGCUCUAUGCAGCAACAAUCAAGAAAAUGGAUACUAUAAUGUCAAAAAAUUCUGACAAGUCAAUGGAAAAAAUUGAUCUUCUAAAGAGCUAAGUACUUCAAGAAAUAAAGAAAGACAUUGAUUAGGAGUAAGUAUCUAAUGGAAAAGAUGCUUCUUUUUCUUUCGGUAGAAUGACAAAUCAAGAUAACUCCUUCUACAACAUAGAUAAUAUUAGAAGAACUUUUUCUUCAGCAAAAAAAAUGACUUCGAGAAAAAAAGAUUAUAUGCAAAUGGAUAAAUAUGUGUUAAAUGAUAAUGAGGAAUCCAAAGGAAGUAUUGGAAAAGAUUAUUAUAGUUUGAAGAACAUUGAAAGCUCGACCAAUAGAAAAAUAGAUUCUCCAAACUAAUUGAAUUACUCACCUUUAGAAAAUACUCCACCCAAGUAUUUUAAUCAUGAAAUAAAAAUUGAAAGAUUCAAACUUGAGGAUACUGUUGAAGAAGAAGAAGAUGUGAAGUCUCAUGAUUCAUUUGAUUCUACUUCUAACGCUGCAAAAAGCUAGGUCACUCAAACGAUUAAGGAUUCCAAUGAGUUGUAUGGAUUAUUACCUGUGAUCAAAGAGGGGAAAUACGAAGAUGCUGGUACUGAUAUAGAGUAUGAUCAGAACUAAACCUUAAAAAAAUCAGCGAGUUAGUAUGAAGUAAAUUCAUCAGGAGAUUUUAAAUAAUCUGACUUGAUUAACUCAACGAUAAUUAAAGAUAAUAGUGUGAUAAGAAAACUUUUAUAACAAUCAUAAAGUGACCUAAAAAUAGAGCCAAAGGAUUAUAGUCUUGAUAAAAAUUCAUUUUUCUACUCAUCAAUUGAUAUGAAAUUGACUAAAAAUGUUCAGAGAUUUAAUCAAAUUGUUUUCAUUAUUAAACGAUCAAAACUCAUUCUUAAUGAGUAUAUGAACUUGUUUAAAAAUUAUUUGGAGAAAGUUGAUAAAAAAGAGAAAGCUAUGGUUAAUUAGUAGAUUAUUAAGACUACUAGGCAAGCAAUUGAAGGAGUUAAAAAGUACUUGAAAGUUUUGGCACAAUUAGAAACCUAAAUGCACUCUCCAAAGGUAUUUCUAGACAUAGUUGAUUAAAUUAAGAAUAAAGUAACAGAUUAGAAUAUUCUCAUGGAAAAAGUCGAUGACUAUUUAGAAUAGUUGCAUAAUAAAUAUGGAAAGCCCUAAACAGUUCGUGAACUUGAAGAACUUCUCAUCAGACAAAUGAAAUUGAUGGCAAUAAAUGAAGUGGAUGAAAGAGAAAAUGAGCAGGAUGACUCUAUCUAUAAUGAACAGGAGUUUUUACCUCAAUCAUUUCGAAGUUAUAAUGCUAUAAGCUAUAAUGAAAAUGCUAGGCUAAUUGCUGAGAUCACUGAGUAAGAUGAGCAAAUUAACCUGAAUGAUAUUCCAUUGACUGAAAGAGUUAGGAACAAAAAUACAAAUAUAAAGCAUAACUCUGAUAAAGAAUCUUCAAUUCAUUAAUAUUCGGACCUUUACAAAAUUGAUGAUAGCCAAUACCUUGGUAAACUAAGCUCCUUUAGAUAUGAGAAAAAUUCUCAAAGAUCUUAUCUUAAUUAGUGUAGUAACUAAAAUAGAAAUACUCCAUUAGAUCUUUCAAGCUUAGGUUUCACAAACAGUAGUAGCAGAUAAAGUAACCAAAAUACUAAUCCUGAUUUCGGAUUUACUUAGCUUGAUAGAGAGACAUUUGGUCAUUAUUAACAAAAUUAACAGAAUAAUAAUAACAAAAGAAUAUCUGAUCAUAGUGACUCCAGCCUUGAAUCAAAGAAUUUUAAUAUUUUUGGCUAGAAGAAGAACUCAUUAAGCAUUAAUCCAACAUUCUAAUAGAAAUUUACGGGUCCUCAGAUAGAAAAGAAUCCAACUAUAAAGAAAAAUAUGGAUAUAAAUUAGCAAAUUCGAUAAUAAACAACAAAAGUUCCUCCUGAACAGAGUAAGUUUGUUAUUAGUACAAAUGGAUCAUUCAUAUCAAAGAAUCCUUUAAACUACUGA